AGGAGGAGGAGCGGCCGGCCGGCCGGCCAGCCCGAGAGCGCGCCAGCUUGGGACUCUGCCCGGCUCCUGGGCCGGAUAGGCAGGGAGGGAUGCGAGACUCUUCCGGGGGAGGCGGAGCCCGGCCGCCUUCCUGCUUCCUGCCCCGCUCGGCAGGCAGCGUCUCUCUCGGCUGCUGCCUGCGCUGGGAGAAAGGAGACUUCUCCGAAAGAAGGAAGCGCCCAGAGACCCAGACGCUCCUGCUGCGCUCAGGCAGGGGGAUCCUCCGGAGCCAAGCCGGAUCCGCGACCAGCUUCCCCCCAAAAAGCCUCCGGUCUGCAGCGAACCCCAAAAGUAGGCAAACAGCCAACAACAGAACAGACAUUGCAGAUUCCCGGAACGUGGGUCUUCCCACUUUGGCGAGCUGACGACUAGGUAUCCAAGGGGGGAGGCUCUGCCUUCCAUGGAAGAGCCUCUGAUCCCUGCCUAUCUGGCGCUUGCAUCCAGGCAAAUCCCCAGCCAACUGGCCUCCACCACUCAAGAAGAACAGGAAUUCACGGCACGCCUAAGGCCUUGCCAGGAGCAGUGAAAGCACCCUUUCGGCAGCCGCUGUGCCGCCUUCACUUCAAGUCUCUUCAGAAUCCCUCAGGAAAUGUCCGGCAGAGAGUGAAGAUGAAUAAGUAGCCAUCUCCGUUGGCUCCGCUGGGAUAUUUUUGCCCAUGUCCAGCAGCAUACAAUAGAUUUUGAGCACUCCCGUGUUUUUACUCGGCUGUUUCUGGGCUCCGCUCAGCCUUCAGGGAACCCGAAGCAGCAACAGCCAGGAUGGAAGAACCUCAGCAGGUGAAGGAUGUGGGUGCCCCUCCAGGCCUGAGCCUCCCCCGAGAUCCAGACCCCCAAAAGACCAUCCAGAUACUGCAAGCCCAGCUGUCAGCUGCGUUGGCCGAAGUGGAGACCGUCCGAGCUGUGGCUGCUGUGAGCGAAGGCACGAAACAUGAGGCCGUGGACGCUGUCCGGCGCCGGUGCCAGGAGGAAGUGGCUUCCCUGCAGGCCAUCUUGAAAGACACCAUCUCCAGCUAUGAGGCUCGUCUCUCGGCUUUGGAGCGCGACGGCCGGGAGAAUACCUGGAGCCGCUUGCUGCCAAGGCCCAACCCCCUGGACUCGCUGGAGAAGCAGAUGGAAAAGGCGCAAGAGGACACUCUGCGACUCCGGGCGAUCGUUCUCCCCAUGGAGCAGGAAAUUGCUGAGCUGAAAGCAAAGCUGGCACAUGCCGAGGGCCUGGUUCAAGAGCUGCAGGCUGAGCAGCGUUCUUUAUGUAGCUCCUCUGAAUCCCUCCUCGCUGACUCUGAGGCCAUGCCCUCCGAUGCCCCUGGAGACGACCCUGGCACUUUGGCAGAAGGAGGAGGAGUGGCAGAGAAAUUUGCCCGCAGCCUGGACAGCGUUUCCAUCGCCUCUUUCUCGUCAUUGGCACCGAGUCCGGGGCCUGCCGUCCGGCGCAGGCGUCCCCCUAGCCCAGAGACGGCCUCCAUCGCUUCCUCCACGGGGACCCUGGUGCCCGAGACCAUCUACUUACCGCCGGCCGGGUACCAGCUGGUGCCGGACUCGGAGUGGACGCAGCUCCACACACAGGUGCGGCAACAGUGCGAAGCCCUGGAAGAGGGGGCACGGGAAAAGGCCGGCCUGCAGGAGGCGCUGAGGCGCAGCAAUGAGGAAUGCAGUAAGCAGGUCCAGGUUCUCCUGACUCAGGUGCAGACUUCAGAGCGCCUCCUCCAAGGCCUCCAAGCUACAGUGAGCGAAACUCAGCGCCAAACUCAGGAGCAAAUGGCUGACCUGGCUGCUUCCCACAAGCGCCUGAGCUACGAAGUGCAGCGCCUCAGUGCUGAGAACGAAGGGUUGCGGGGGGCCAGUUCCCAGGAUUCCCGCCCACCGGAAUCUGAUGAGAGCAGCAGCUUGCCUAGCACUGUUCCGGAGCUGCAGGCCUUGGUGCACCAGCUGAGGCAAGAGUCUGCCUCUCAGCUCCGGGCUGCUGAGCACCAGGCUGAGCGCCUACGAAUCGAGAUUGUGUCUCUGAGGGAGCGGCUGGACCAGGAGACGGCAUCUCGGUCAGGACUGCAGGGGGCGCUGGAGAGAGAGCAAGAAGAACGAGCCUCCCUGAACAGUAUCCGGACUGAGAUGGAGAGGAUGCAGCAAGGGCAGGAAGAGAUUAGCAGAGCCCAGGGAUGUGUGCAAUCUGAUGCUCCCUCUCUGGGAGAAGCCAGCGGCCUUCAGGAUAGGAGGUCAGAGCCUUAGAAGGAGGAUAGGGGAGGUCACCUCUGCCCUUCCUCACCUUCUUGGCACAAUGGGAACCUCAGGGAAACCUGCCAGGCACCAAAGGGGUCAUCUCUGUCCUCCAGAGCUCUUCCAGGUCUCUUCUACAUGGGCAGGAGAGCAAGAACUCUGGAGGGAGGAUGGCUGGAACCUCCCAUUCUUACUCCCCUUCCCACUGAAUGACACUGGAGCUUCCAGAACACAAUAAAGGAAAUUUUUGUACCUUC